GAGGCAUGAUGUCUCGUUACUUGUCAAAGCAAUAACUGAAAGUUGAUAUUCAUACCUAUUCAUAUUUCACCGAGAUGGAAGAUUUGAAAAAUUAAAAUAUUUUUUUUAAACAAUAUCACUUUUUGACAGCCGUGAUCCUCCGCAAUCCACCAAACGAAUUUGUAAGGAAAUGGCAUUUGCUCUCAAGCUUUAAAUUAAAGCUUUUAAAUAGGGUACUAGAAAAGUUAAAAAAAGCGGCUAAGUUUAUGUAAAAACAUGUAAUUAAUGUAAAUAUUAUAUACAAAAUAUUGUAUAUAAAGUGAUCGACAAAAUAAAAUAUAGAGGAAACUGAACCUGACCAUUGUUAUGGACAAUUGUUUUAUAGAUAUCACAAUAGAGUUUCUUGGAGUAGCUUUUCACAACAUUUUGUACUAUAUAUCUGUGUAUCCUAAUUACAUUUUUGAAACUAGAAGAAAGUAUAGUGUGGUAGUUUACCGUUCCAUUCAUCAAGAAGUAAACGAAUACAUUGAUUUGUGUUUAAAGAGCGCAGCAAACUGUUUAAGAAACGGAGAGUUACAGCGCAUAGAAUUCCUUAUUACCACUAGCUCCUAUGACGCUCUUCUUAAAUUUGUCUUUGAUAUAAAUAAAAUUGAUGAAUAUGAUCAGACCAAUGAUGCUUACUUGGUUCAGGCCGAACAAAACAUGCGAGGGUUCUGUUUAUAUUUAACUACAUUGUGUGAUAAGUUUAAGGGUUUACCUGAAGAUAAAAGUUUUAUGAUACUAUUACAUACCAAUGAGUCCACUGCGGUGGCUAUGACAACUAACCCAAAUUCAGAACAAUUUCCUUUUGUUGAAACAGAAGAGAACACAGAGUUUGAUAAAAUUAUACCUAUAAGAAGAUUUUGUGUCAGAAAUUAUAAUUUAGAUAUGUUUGUGGAAGUUAAGUGAAUAAACUGGAACAAUGCAGUUUAAUCAACACAUAAUUUUAUAACAAAAAAGGAAUACCAUAUAAGGGAAUAACACUGUAGUAUGGUAAUUAAUAUGAUUGAAAUUGAAGUUUUAUAAGCAGUUACAGAACUGUUAAAAUAAUCAUUUGGGUUUUAUCAACCGAUAUACUGGAGACAACACCCAUUCAAGUGGAUUUUUA